CCCCUCCACUCCUUAUAUCCGUCUGCAAUGCCGAAAUGACCGAUUUCGCCGCCGCGCAAGAGCGCAUUCUCGCUCGCCGAGCUGCGCGCGAAGCUUCCUUCGCUGCUGUCCGGUCGGAGGUCACCACUUCACGAGCAGAGCGCCUCCUCCACCUCCCCCCAGCGCUGCGGGUCGCGGCGCACCAGGCCUUCAAUUUCUGGGACUUGAUCAAAAGUCCCUACAGCACACAACCAGCCUUUCGUGUCGGGCAAGUCGACGCGGAGCUGCUCGAUGAAGAGCUGCUCAACCUCCUCAAAAACCAGGCGGGGGAAGGCUUGAAGUUGUUCGGCGCACACCUCAAGGACGACUAUGCCGCCGAGAUCAGUUUAUUCCUUCGCACGAUACUGUGGAAGCUUUCAAUAUGGGACCAUGGAGCAAGCUAUGGCGCUUCUCUGCAAGGGCUGAAGUACAUCGACGCGCGAGCAAAGAACACAGCAGCAAGAGCAGAGGCGACGGCGACGCAGAGAGCGGCGUACGGGCUGCUCACCGUGGGUGGUAGAUACGCGUGGAGCAGAUGGGAAGACCGAUUGUCGGCGAUUGAGAACAGCUACGAUACCGAGCCCUCGCCGCUCAUCAACCGGCUCAGCAGAGUCACCAACUUUCUCGGAUCGGCACACAAUGUUGCGGCCUUCGUCUCCUUUCUCAUCUUCCUCUACAAUGGCAAAUACCGGACGCUCACCGACAGAUUACUACGAAUGCGGCUUGUCCCAUCCUCCAAUCAAACGAGCCGGGAGGUAUCGUUCGAGUUCCUCAACCGUCAACUAGUCUGGCACGCUUUCACGGAAUUCCUCCUCUUCCUCCUGCCGUUAGUUGGGAUUAGUCGGUGGAAACGCUGGCUGGCGCGUGCCUGGAAGAAGACGAAAACGUCCGUGGCAAACCUUCGAAGCGGCGAGAAAGUUCAACAAGAAGGCCAGGAAGGAGAAGAGGGAAGGGCGCGAACAGGAGAGCUGAGCUUCCUGCCGGAGCGGACGUGCGCAAUCUGCUACCAAGACCAGAACGCCACGACGGGAAAGAGCGAGCAGGAUGUGAUUUCGGCGGGAGCAAAUGCCGGCAUCAUUGGCAACUCCUCCACGGACAUCACCAACCCCUACGAAACGGUCGAGUGCGGAUGCAUCUACUGCUACGCGUGCGUGGCGAAGCGCAUCGAAGCCGAAGAAGGCGAAGGCUGGAUUUGUUUGCGAUGCGGAGAGCUGGUGAAGGAAUGCAGGCCGUGGAGUGGUGAUGUGGAAGCACCUGUGGCGGUGGAUGUGCCGAGGAGAAGCAGCCGCAAGAGUAUUGCUUGGGCGGAUGAGUUGGUGGAGAAGGAGGGCGAGGAAGAUCGUGGGGACGACGAAGUGCCAAUGCAGCAAAUGGCUCCUACGCCUUUCGAUAAAGAUGGAGAAGAAGAGGCCGUGGAGUGAUGAGGAAACGAUGAGCUAGAGCAGAAUGAAAUCCACGCUGCGACCAACCGCUGUUCAGACGUGUCUCCCUCUCUUUUGCUUCCAUUCGCGCCCAUCCCUUUUGAAACACCCUCGAGCCUUAAGCAGUAC